AAAUAGAAGAAGCAUUCAGUCUUUUGCAAGGAUCGCAAGGGUCUCUUCAAUGUACUGCAGUUUAUGUUUCUCCUUUGCACCUGUGACAGAACAUUAUGUCAGGAGUGCAGAGGAUUUUCUUUAUAUUUUACUGAAUUGUACAGUUUGAUUUAAGUAAAAGAGAUCAAUUGUCUCUGUUGCUAACAUUCAAGGUGAUACAGAUUUUUGCUGUAGAUAAGAAGGAAGUGAUCAAUGGAGCAGGGCAACGUUUCAUCUGGACAGCUCACAUUCAUGUACCACCAAAUCUACCAAGCACAGAUGAAUGCCAUAACUGUGACAGAUGCAAUUGUGGUAACAUCUACAGCACUAUUCUUUAGCUUCUUGAAUGGCAUCAUGUUCUUCAUUCUGUGGAGCAAACCAAAUUUCAGGGAGAACUCCCGCUACAUCCUCUUUGCCCACAUGCUCUUCAAUGAUUCUGUUACUCUUAUUAGCAUUCUAGUGCUAUACUUAUUGGCCCUGGCAUAUAUCCACUUGGCUAGGGCUGUCUGUGCUAUUUUGAUACUGAUUACCGUCAUCAGCACCAACAACAGCUCACUGAACCUGGCAGUGAUUUCACUGGAGCGCUAUGUGGCCAUUUGCUUCCCUUUGCAUCACGCAGAGAUUGCCACCAAAAGGAGGACAAAGAUUGCCAUCGGAGUAACGUGGCUCAUUAGCUCAAUUAACUUCACGAUUGACAUGUUUUACAUGAUUGUGACUGAUCCCCUGUCUUUCACUACACCUAUAAUUUGUACACGGCAGCAGAUAUUCAUUGACAAAUGGCAGAUCGCCUUGGAACAGUGGUUAAGUAUUUUUUUCCUUGUGGUUGUGGCUGUGACAAUCAUCUACACUUACAUUGGUAUUACGCUAGCAGCUAAAUCUGCCCGCACAAACAAGGAUUCUGCCAAGAGAGCACGCAACACCGUGCUGCUCCACCUGAUUCAGCUGGGACUGUGUCUCACCUCUUUUGUCCAUGCAUCGGUUGAGGCGCUGAUUUCAGGGACCGACGCUUCCGUGUAUGUGCAUCUGCAAUUGUUCAUCUUUUUAACAUUUGUUAUUCUUCCUCGAUGUCUGAGUCCCCUCAUUUAUGGCCUGAGGGACAAUGCUAUCCGGCCACUGUUCCUCAGGUACUUCCAGUGCAACCACAGCACAGUCAAACCUGUUUUAAUAACACACUAGGACGGUCAAUAGUUUUAAUUAUGUGAUUUUAUAACCAAUUUUUAAGCCACCAUCCAGAAAAAUGUCACGUUAUAUUCCUACAUUCUGUAAACCCAUUCCCUCAGACAUUUACUGGAAUAACAGGUAAAAUAUUACCAGAUAUUUGUGUAAAUAAUGGGGGAAGGAUAAAAUGAAUGUUAAAUGUAUGAUAAAUGUUUUAAAUUUCACAGAAGUCUUUCUAAAUAAACCAAACAUGA